AUGGAGAUCGACACAAUUCAAGACUGGGCAAGCUAUUUCUUGGGAAACAGCCCCAUGAUCUCUUCCUACGGCUACGCGCRCCAAUUCUUCGUCAUCAUCAACACGGCCAGAGGAUAUAUCACACCAUUCAUCGAGCAAGUCGUCCAAAAGCCCGAUCUCGCGACCGUCGCGCUCCUCCUCGUCAUCUUAUUCAUCUCGCUCAAACUCGUCAACAUGCUUUACCAGACGGUCAUCUGGUGGCUGCGCUUGGCGUGGAGCCUGGUGUUCUGGGGUGGGUUGGCAGCACUUGCGGCUUGGAUGUACUCGCGUGGACCGGAGGGCGCGGCUGCAGACAUGCAGUAUUGGUAUGGCAUGUGGACGGGCGAGUACCAGCGCUGGAAGGAUCAGGAGCGAGUUGCGAGGCUGUUGAAUCAACAGGGUGGACGGACAAGACAGGCUUGGUAUUGA